CAGCCCAAAUACAGCAUCUCAGCGACAAAACAGGCUAAAGAGGAAAUGAUGGACAAUCGAAGCUACUCUAAUCUGCCAGAAAAACUACCUGCUGUCUCUGAAUCUGCCCACCUGCCACUGACCAGGUCUUUCUAUCUUGACCCCAUGGUCACUUUCCAACUGUAUCCUGAUGCCUCAGUGCCGUCACCUUACUCUGAAGAUCUGCCAUUGCUGCCUUUUCCCAGCGAUUCCCUGAUCAUGGAAAAUUACGGUGAACCCUGCCCCUUCGCCUUCCCAAUGUCUUAUCCAAAUUACAGAAGGUGUGAAUACUCCUAUGGGCCAGCCUUUAUCAGGAAAAGGAAUGAGCGGGAAAGGCAGCGGGUAAAGUGUGUCAAUGAAGGCUAUGCCCAGCUCCGACAUCAUCUGCCUGAGGAGUACUUGGAGAAACGACUCAGCAAAGUGGAAACUCUCAGAGCUGCCAUCAAGUAUAUUAAUUACCUGCAGUCUCUUCUGUACCCUGAUAAGGCUGAGACCAAGAAUAACCCUGGGAAAGUUUCCUCCCUUAUGGCAGCCACCAGCCACCACACUGACCCUAUUUUCAGAAUCAUUUGAUUGUUUCCAAAUAGAAACAAAUAAUCUCACAAAAUGGAGUCUCUUACAGCAUCAUUCAAUAGUUUUUCCUAAACAUAAGUUCUGCAUAGUAGAUAACAGCUCAAAUGUCCACCUGUGAUUAUUUCCUACCAGGGUUUGAAAUGUACAAAACAUGAUCUUAUGGGGGUUGAGAAGAUAUGCCUUAAGCUUUGGUGAUUUCUUUCAAGAACUGUAGAGGAGCAGGAGUCCCCAGGAUUCUCUAUACCCCUCACCUUAUCCUUCUCACACACUUGGCCAGAGUCUCAGCUGUAAGAAACUCUCAUGAAAGUAUAGUAAAGUCUGAUCAAUGACUAAUCAAUGUUUAUAAUGCCCUUUGCAAACAUUUCAUGCUAAAUGAUCACAAUUAACUUCC